UUGAAAUUUGCAAGUCGGAAAAAUGUCAGGAAGAAAUAUGUAAACAAAGUCUAUGGUUGCUUAUAGUCGCGUUUAUAUAAAAUGCAUCAAGACUAUUUCAGAUGUGAGGGUUGCUCAAAUAUAAGUAUGAAAUUAGACGAGAAUGAAUAAAGGCAAACAGGCAACCCUGUUCCAAAGUUGGGGAGCUAAGAAGUCUAAACCUGUCAAUUCCCUGGCUGAUGACCGUUUGAGGGGUAAUGAUGGCAUACAACCAGGCCCAUCUUUGACUGCUGACCACUUGGACAUCAUAGAUCUUUGUGAUGGACUGGAAGAUGAUGACGAUGAAGACCUAUUGGCACAGGCAAUGGACAAUGUCGACAUGCCAGGGUACAGCGAACCAGCAGUUGGCCCGUCAGCUGUGGUGCCACCUGAAGCAGAUGUGUGUAACAUAUCACUGGGAGCCGAAUCCUUUCCAGGUAAUGUGUCCUUCACCCAGACAGUGGCUCCCGAGGGGUUUGACAAGUUUGCAGGAAAGACCUGGAUAUAUCCCACUAACUACUCUGUCAGGGACUACCAAUUUAACAUCUGCCAGCAAGUCAUCUACAAAAACACCAUGGUCACCCUUCCCACCGGACUUGGCAAGACCUUCAUAGCCGCGGUGGCCAUGUACAACUUCUACAGGUGGUACCCUCAGGGUAAGGUGGUGUUCAUGGCUCCGACUAAACCUUUGGUAGCCCAGCAGAUAGAGGCCUGCUACAACAUCAUGGGUAUCCCUCAAGCUGACACUGCUGAAAUGACGGGUAACAUGGCCCCAACAGAGAGGAAGCGUACUUGGAUGGAGAAGCGUGUGUUUUUCCUCACCCCACAAGUCCUCACCAACGACCUGAGUCGUGGGACGUGCCCCGCUGUCAGGGUCCGGUGUCUGGUGGUGGACGAGGCACACAAAGCCCUGGGAAACCAUGCCUACUGUCAGGUUGUGCGAGAGCUAGUAAAGUACACUGAGAACUUUCGUAUUUUGGCCCUAAGUGCUACUCCAGGUAGUGAUAUCAAGGCAGUUCAGCAAGUUUUGUCGAACCUCCUGAUAUCCCACAUAGAGAUUAGGACAGAGGAUUCCAUUGAUAUCAAGCAGUUCUCACACGAACGGAAAGUGGAAAAGAUCGUGGUCCCUCUGGGUGAUGAGCUUACCCUGGUGAAGAAGACAUAUAUACAGGUCAUGGAUGUGGUUGUUAACCGACUCAAACGGCAGGGUGUGUUGUAUAAAAGGGAGACCACUAGCUUCUCCAAGUUCCUGAUUCUGAAGGCCAGAGAUGCAUUUAGACAGAAUCCACCUCAACAAAUGCAGAGAUCACAGUACGGUGCGGUGGAGGGCGACCUGGCGUUGGCCAUGAGUCUGUAUCAUGGAUUUGAGCUACUACAACUACAUGGCCAGCGCUCACUGUACAACUACCUAGAAAGUAUCGUUAGUGGAGAAAAGGGACAUGGUCGUACACGAACAGAGCUGAUGAAGAAUGCUAACUUUGUGGAAAUGAUGGAGAAACUCCGCAGUACAUUUGUUUCUGACCCAAAUAUCAGACUGAGCCAGAAGUACAAAGACGGGUUUAAGACGGGACAUCCAAAGAUGGAGAAAUUAGAAGAGGUCGUAGUCAAUCAUUUUAACAACUUCCUGAAAGGUGGAAGUGUAGAGGAGAAGUCUCAGGCGACGCGGGUGAUGAUUUUCUCCCAGUACCGGGACAGCGUGUCUGAAAUAACGGAAAUACUCAAGCAGCAUCAACCUUUGGUCAAGGUCAUGAGCUUCAUUGGUCAGUCUUCUGCUGGCAAGGCCACCAAGGGAUUCACACAGAAGGAACAACUCAAGGUGAUGAAAGAUUUCCGUGAGGGCAGCUACAACACGUUGGUGUCCACGUGUGUUGGAGAGGAGGGACUUGACAUCGGCGAGGUUGACCUCAUUGUUUGCUUUGAUGCCCACAAAAGUCCGAUAAGACUUGUACAGAGGAUGGGGCGUACAGGCAGGAAACGGCAGGGGCGCAUCGUUAUGUUAGUGACAGAAGGCAAAGAAGAACAGAUUUACAACCAAAGUCAGUAUGCCAAGAAAAGUAUUCACAAGGCGAUCCUCAACGGUGCCAAAUCUCUCCAUUUCUACCAAAAUAACCCACGCAUGGUACCAGAGGGGUGGAUGCCAGCCUGUCACAAGAUGCACAUUACUGUCAAACAGAAUAUUCAGUCAAAGAAUGCCCCGAAGAAUGCUUCUAAAGUCAACCGAGACUCUAGGCAGAGUAAAAUCAAAUUCCAAUCCAAAUCUACCGCAGACGGAAAAGGUGACGAUGGCCUGCUGACAGCAGAGGAGUACCGGGACCUUAUCCAGAACUUCUCCGUACCCGCGGACAGUUUACCCACCCUGCCUUCAAGGUUACCGCUGCUGGCUUUAGGGGAAGAACAUGAGGUGACCCGAGCUGGUGAGAGGCGAGUUCUCUGUGAAUGGCUGCCUUGGCAGAAUCGUCUACAGCAGACCUUCAAAAUAGACCAUUCAACGAAAACUAAAAACUUUGUAGAACUGAUGCAGUUUAGUGAAAUUCAGCAAACCCUAGACCCGAAUGAGGAUCCAUACGGAGAUGAAAUGAGCCUGUUUCUUAAUGAGGACGAUGUAAUGAAACCGGAGGAGACAAGUGGCCGAGGAGGGGCUGGAAUACGAAAGUUCUGCAUCUCUGUGGACAAGGGAGGCAACCUAGCGUCAACAGUACAAAAAGGCAAAGGGAGACGUGUCCGGAAGAGCGAAGUGUUGCCGGUGUUAGAAAUCAGUGGUGAUGAAGAUAGCGAGGACGAUUUGCCAGAUUUUAACAUCAACCGUACUAGGAAUGAACAACAAACCUCUUUUCUAGGAAACAAGAAAGGGAAGAAGGGCAAGCGUCAACUUCUACCGAAAUCUGUGUCGGUAUUAACAGAAAUUCCAGAGUCUGCGUCUGUUGUAAAGAAAAAUAAAAAGGACAAGAAGCGUUCCGUGAGUGGCGACAGAUCUGUGGUACAGUUGAUAGCCGAUACUGAAAGCAGAGAUUUUACUGAUGAAGAAGACAAUGUAAGUAAAGUACUACCCCCUUUAGAUGAAACAAUGUCUCACAUCGAUCAAGAAAUUGAGACCGUCCAAGACAAUCAGGACGUGAUACAGGAAGAUAUGGACCUUUCUGAUAUCAAUUAUUCUCCACUUGAAGUCAGUAAUCAUGAGCAGAUGGAAGUGGAAAAUGGAAAAGAAGAAGAUUGGUCCGUUUCACAGCUCCUUCCUAAGGUUUCUCUCGUUCAUUUGGACACUGGUCUGGAUACGUCAGAAACACUGGGCAAUGCAAAUCUGUUUCACGUUCGAACACCUCCUCCUUUGGAGCAAGUUCGACAAAUUGUAGCUGACCUUGACAAAUGUGAAAAGUUACCUCCCCUUGAUCUGUUACAGCUGGUUGAUGAAUGGGAAAAGGAAAACCAGGAUUACCACUACCAAAAAGGGCGCCAUUGUCAGCUUCAUGGAUCUGCCUUCAAGGGAACGAAAGGUCAGUCUGGUAGAGACCAAGCGCUUGGCCGUUCUUCAUCCGAGGAAAGGUCACCAACUAGUGAUGACAAGGUCAUGAAUGUUAGUUCUGGAACUGGCAGAAAAUCAAAAAUCAAAAGAAGAAUGUUAGAACCAUUACAGGAUAUCCACAUCCACACAGCACAUCGGCCUCCACCCAAAAUAUCUGUGGAAUCUUUACAGGAACAUGAACACUUUGACAUUGUAGGACAUAACGAAAUCGUUUCUGACGAAUCAGACCUUGAAUGUAAUCAUUCUGAUGCUGAGGCUUUUCAGAACAAAGGGAGAGAACCUCUCCAAGCUGUUCCAAGUGAUAAAGAGACGUCUCCAGUCAAUCAGGCUCAUGUUCCACCAAGAAAAGCGGGAGUUGAGGAGGAAGUUUUGUCGGAUGAUUCUGACAUUUUUAUCGACACACAGGCAAAUUUUGCUUUGACUGUAAACGUGGACGAAGAUCCAUUUGAGGUGGAGAGAAAAUCUUCAUCUGUCACAAGCGAUGAAAUCCAAAAUGAUCUACAGAAUGUUGUGCUGGAUAGUAAGGUUAAUGAGGAAGAGAUUUCAGUGACGCGAGAAAAAAGUACUUCAGUGACGCGAGAAAGAAGUACUUCAGUGACGCGAGAAAGAAGUACUUCAGUGACACGAGAAAGAAGUACUUCACUUUCCUCAGAUGAUAAUUUUUUCGACACUCAGGCAAAUUUUUCGUUACAAGACGAUGACCUUUUUGGUGAUGCGGACAUACACCAAAGUCACACAGACACAAAAAAGUCUUUAUCUUCGGCAGGAAAUAUCGAGAACCAAGAAUGUUCAGAAAAGGUUGAAGAGAUCAAAUUGAUGGAUAGACUUGAAGAUUUAGAAAAGGAAAAGUGUACUGAUUCAUCUAUGAAUGUUGAUUCCGCAAAAGACAGAAAACUAGCAGAAGAGGACUGUAGUAAAAGCAGCGUAAAACCAGGGAUAGGGAAUUGGAGUAGUGUGUCUGCUGGUAAUAAUAGGACCAUGCCAUGCAGAUCUGCAGACGUUUCUUUAUUUGAUGAUUCGUACGAUAAUGAAAUGCUGAAGGCCCUAAAAACUCAAAGGAGCUGUACUGUCUCGCCCACUCAGUUCACAUUCACGCAAGCUCUUGCAUGUGUGCACGACAGCAAUGAACUCCCGUCCGAGAAUUCCGAAAAUGAUGUGGACCCAGAACAGGGAAAGAAAUCCGGAAACAAAUCAGUGGAGAAUGACUUCCUUACAGAGAAAUCUGUGAAAGAAGUUCAUAAACCACUGCAGGAUCCCAAGACAGUUUGUAACAAAACUCCAGACAGGGGUCUAAAUACUUUAAGGGACGUAAAGGGUGCAGGAAGGAAAGACAUUGAAGAAGGAUCUGAACAUGAUUCUACAAGUAACAUCACAAACCAUCACCCAACGCGGGAUACGGGAGACAGUUCGGACGAGUGUAGUAAAGACUCGUUUGAUUUACCUCAUUUUGAUUUGGGUUUCGAUGUUGACGAGGACGUCAUUCCUCCGUCACCCUGUGCUAGCCAGUCUUUCUCACAGAAGUCUUUUUCUGCCUGUUUAAGUCAGAGCCUGCUCAAAAGCAGGAAAUCUUUGUCCACAAAAUUUGACUCUUCAUGUGUCUCUGAAAAACCAUCCAAUGUCAACUCUAACAAAGUGGGAGGCACUGUUGGUAUGAGUUUGAUUGAGGAAGACUCCGAGGAGUUUUCUGACCUUAAUCCAGUUAUCAGUAAACCAGGGAAAAGUUUUCAUUUGGGCAAAGAUUCUAGUGAAUUUUCCAGGACAGUUCUAGUAAAUGGUAAGAAAAGUACAAAGCACACGACAACAAAAAUUGAUUGUGAUACUAAUAGUGCAAAUUCUGAAGGGAACAAUAAUGAAACAAAUUUAGGAGCUUUAAACAAGGACCCAGGCAAUCCAAUCAACUUACAAAGGAGUAAGUCUAGUGUAGAAUCUGUUGGAAUUCCUGCUCGUAAGUCUCUAAACAGUCUCGCAAACUCCAAAGUGAACCAUCGUAACAAAUUUGAAAAGGAACAUUUGUCGUCUACAGGUGUAUGUAGCACAAACCUGGCUGAGGAAAAUCACAGCGUUUGUGAUAUUAGUGAUAGAACCACCAUAAAUAACUUGAAAAGGUCACCCCUAAAUAUUGGUACACCUAAGCAUAAAAUGGAUUUCAGGACACCUGAUUGUCAUCUAGAACCGUUAGAGAUCAAUUCAUGCAAUGUUGACAAAUGUGAAGUCGAUGACGGUUCAUCGCCGGUGUCAGAUAGGUCACCUAUUCAUGUUAAGUUACUUUCACCAGGUUCCGAGGAUGAAAUCAUUGUCAGAAAAAAACGAAGUACCAUGAUACUAGAUUCACCGUCGCCAGUGUUCACACAAACUAGAAAGCUGGUGUUGGAAAGGUCACCGAUUCAUGCUCAAUUACCCUCCCCAGAGUCGGAGGAUGAUAUCGUUGUCAGGAAAAAACGAAGGACAAUGAUAAUAGAAUCACCGUCACCAGUGUUCACACAAAACAGAAGACGCCCUGAAGAUCAAACGACUCCAUUUAGAACACUGGGUGAAAUUUCAUACGUGAAUACUUCUACUACUGGAAAUCACAUGUCAAGUUUGACAAAAGACACAAAGAAUAAGGCCAAGAAAUUAAGAUUUAACGUCUCCUUUAAACUUCCAGAGCUUGAAGAAUUUGAUGAUGAUGAUGACGAUGACUUUGCCGAUGACAAAUCAGCCUUGGCAAGAAACAGAUCUUCCGCUGCUUCUGAGGUUUCAAGGAAAAGGUCUACGGCGGCAGAAAAGAAAAUUGUCAAACGAAGGACAAAAUCGAAGUCUCCAGCUGACAUGUUUAUUAAUGCCGAGGCUGAGAUGUCAGAUGACCAUGAAGGUGUUUCGGAUGAUGAGGAUGACGGGAGUGACAUGGAUCAGAUGGAUGACAGUUUCAUCGGUGAGGCGACACAGAUGUCACAGGGACGGCACGAGGACAUGCAGGCAUUCUAUCUCAAAUCAGUCAGGAGUCCUAAUGUUGGACGGAAAUUCCGGCUUAAACACAACCAAGGAAACAUUGACGUGUUCUCACAGCCCCAAAACCAUGAACAGUCAUAUUAUAUGCAAGACAGCUUUUGUGUGGACGAUGAUUUUGAGGAGACAGGUGUUGACUUUGAGGAGGAGGAAGAGGAGGAGGAGGAAGAUGUUACAUUGUUAGACGACCCUGAUGUAACAUACGUUGGGAGGAGGACUCGCUGGUCAAAACCAGCAGCCGUCAUGAAGAAAAAGGUAGUGAAAAAUGUGCCUGGAAGAAAAAGAAUUCAGAAAAUGUCCGAUUCAUCUAGUGAUGAGGAGAGUAAGAGGUGUGAGGUAACUACAGUGGCGACACCUCGAGUGUCGGAUGGUAAACGGCGGGGACGAGUACUGCUGUCAAGUAGUACGAGUGAUGAGGAAAUGGACUGUAAAAAUGGGUCUCCUCCUAGAGUUAUCUCCCCUGCUGGAGGGACGCAGGAUGUCAUACCGUCACUCAUGACCAGGAUAAAGAACCACAGUACUGUGAAUUCAAGUUGUGUAUCGGAAUUACGGUCAAAGAUAGUGUCGUGCUCCACUUCUACAACUGGGUCUUCAAAGUCUAGUCAUGUUGCUGGUGUACCGAGUCAUCAGAGAGAUAAAUCUAGUGCCUGGUUAAAUACAAGUCAUAGUGCUGCAGACAAAUCUGUGCCUGGACUGAAUAUAAGUCAUAGUGAAAAAACUGGUUCUGGGUUGAAUACAACUUCAAAAGCUGAACAAAUGCGUGCAGAACGAUUGCUGAAACAGAAAGAGAAACAGGAAGAGUUCAAAAGGAGAAUGGCAGAGAAGACAAUGGAAAAUGCAAUGUCCGAAUCAUCUGUGACGAAAAGUGAUAUAAAUAAGUCAAAGACUGAGACCAAUGAAGUGAUACAAUCAGAAUGUGAUACGUCAAGUGCUUGUGCCGAGGAACUAGUGUUGACCACUGCUCCGAAGGAAAAUGCCAAUAAAUCUGUGAUAUUUGUGGACUCGAGGGAAAUCAAUGGUUCUCAGAACAUUGUCUCAGAACUGCGUUUCAAACACAACAUUUCUGUGGUAGUCGCCCAGCUGGCUGGGUGCGAUUACGUGGUCAGCAACCGAAUGGGAGUAGAUCGAAAAGUGUGGUCAGAAUUUACCAACGGGUCGAAUCAUUCCAAACUUAUCGACCGAAUACAACAAUUGUGUGAGUUGUAUGACCGGCCAUGUCUGAUCAUAGAAUCCGACCCUGUGAAGGGGUCCGACAAGGGAGGUAAUCGUCUCCUUCAUUGGACCAAAUAUGUGGACAGGACCAUUGUCCAGUUAAUUAACUCUAGUAUAAAAACGUACUUCACUGCUGGUCAGUUAGACACUGCAGCCAUUCUGGCCGACCUCUGUAUGCUUGAGACGCGAAAAAAUAUGGUAAUCAGUGUACCAGUGAAUGUUAGUGAUAAAAAACAGCAACAUGUAAAAUUCUACUCUUCUAUUCCUAAACUUACCCACAUUCACAGCCUCAACCUGGCAUAUAACUUCAGGACUAUAAAAGACUUUCUAUCGGCCAGUGUUCAGGCUGUUAAGAGUAAAGGUUGUAUGUCUGAAAAGCGGGCAGAGGAAGUGUAUAAUUUUGUGAGGAGAAACUUUGACAUACAAAUGUUACCUACAAGUUAUGGGUAAAUUGUUAAAAUAUGAAUUUUUACCAUUUUUAUUGAUAUUUUUUUUUAAUAAAAUAUGUUACAAAAUUACCCUUAACCUUUUCAUGAAUUCCAUAAAUACAUAUCAUCUUCAUGUUUGACUGCAUUCCGAGUUGUUACUGAAGUUAAUAAUUCCCGUUGUAAAUCAAAUUUUGUUAUAUAUUUGUCCUAUGUACUUGGUAUCUAAUCGUAUCAAAGAUAAAACUAGGUUUCUUUUGACUACCAGUUGAUGUUGACAGUGUUCUCCCAAGGUCCUGGAUUUACAUAAUCUUCCCCUACCUUGAGAGUUUAACAGAGAAAUUCCCAAACUGAGGGGGUGUCUAACCUAAGGCUCUGAAUCAACCUUAUUAUCAUCCCUUAUCGGUGAAAUCUACAGCCUGAGGAUUGUAAUUUUCUUUGUUAAACCCUCAAGAUAAGGGAUGAUUAUUUUUCUCCCAACAUUCCAAUACUAUGUUAAAAACAACAGUUUUCAGCAUUUGAAAUGAGUUUUUAUGUAGAUUUGCAUAUGACCUCUCCUGUUGGUGUCAAGGGCAAAUUU